GAUUGGGGCGAUGGGGGCACAGCCGCACGGCCCCGCACGGAAUCACGGAAAGCGCGCAAAGUGUCAGCGACAGCGGCGCGCUUCGCGUGCGCUUGCCGUACAGGUGCGUACUGUGCGCGCGGAUGCCACUAAUGCGUUUUGUCAACUGCCGCGGUGUUGGUGUAUGCGUUCAGCGAUGUAGCGCCCGUAAGCGCUGCGUGUUCGGUGUAGAUGGAGCUUGUCACUCCUCGCAAAUAUUGCACACGACAACUGCUGUUGUUCACCCUCGGCGUCGUAACGGUGCUCGUCAUCCUCUACGCCAGUCCACGCGAGCUGCGCAAUGCGAUCGGAGGUGGUGCGUCCCGGGAUUCAGUGCGACAGAGUGCCAUGACAUCGUACCACAACAACAGCAGCAGCAGCAGCAACAACAACAACAACAACAAUGCCAGCGCAUGGAAGUUUCCGAUCCGAGUGCUGGGACGCUUUCGACACGAGUCGAGAGCCAAUGCCACCAUCGACUUGGACUACUCCGACCAAAUGGUGCACGUGCUGCUCAUUUUCACGAACGCUCGCGAAGCGAGUAACAUGCGCGAGAAACUGUCGAUCUGUCUUGGCUCUCUGAUCGCCCUGAGCAGCGUCCCGCUUCGAGUCUACAUCGUCACGGACGGCCCCAGCGCCGAUGUGGCCCGGCAGGUUCUCGCGGACGCCUCCGCCAAGGCCUCUUCGGAUGUGCUGGCGGAGCUUCUGCACGUGGAUGACAUGCUGGCUCCUCUCCUGGACCUGAUGUCCUUCAUGCAGCCCCACUUCAGCUCCGCAGGUUAUUACAGCAAGAAGCUCUUCUUCCUAUCUACAGGCGUACAUCGGCUGUUUCCUGCAGGGGUUCGUCACCUCAUCCUUCUAGACAUUGAUCUCCAGCUGCGCUCAGACAUUGCCCUGCUGCAUCGCCACUUUGCCCUGUUUCCUACGGGCACUAUCAUGGGGCUGGGGUACGAGCUUCAGCCCGUGUAUCGUCACGGUCUACACAAAUACCGGCAGGAGCAUCCGGGUACCACGUGCGGCGAGCCUCCGCCACGUGGAAAUCCAGGGUUCAACAGUGGCGUAGUGCUCAUCGAUCUCGAGGCCGUUAGGAACUCGUCCACCUACAGGAAAUUCCUCAGUGCCGAGGGAGUCCAGUUUCUGGUAAAAAAAUACAGCUUUCGAGGCAACCUCGGAGACCAGGACUUCUACUCACUUCUUGGCUGGGAAUGCCCCGAGCUGUUCUACGUGCUCCCGUGCACGUGGAAUCGACAGCUGUGCGAGUGGUGGCGGUAUCACGGCUAUGCAGACGUUUUUGAUGAGUACCACAGGUGCAACGGGACUGUUCACAUUUAUCACGGGAACUGCAAUUCUUCCAUACCGUCAAUGAGGCUGUGCUGUCUGAAUCAUGGCUGGCUGCAAAAGAAGCUAAGAUAUUUCUUCAUAAGCACAUGAUGUUGUAUACGUUCUGUGUGACAUUAAGAGCAAUAUUAAUGGCUGCCGUGUUUCCUUUUUUUUCUUUAACAUGACAGUGCUGCAUUUAUUGGUUCCUACUUGUGUUCACCAAGUGCACUAACAGCUGUCAGAUAUACAGAGUGCUCCUGCAUCGACUGUCUUCAUUUAUUAUCUAGCAGUGGCAAACACGAGAAUAUUGAGCAGUAAUCACAUGUAAGGUCAAUAAGUACCUCAAUAUCGCUCAGCAAACUUUAUAUAUAUAAUUAACUUAGGGCAUAUGUUGUUGCAAAACCGAAGCUAGUUACUGCUGAAGUCAGGUCCAUUUAGUAAAAAUUCUGGCUAGCAACAGCUUUGAGGUAUCUUGCCCAAAAUUUUUCAUGAAAUACAUUGGCAUUCUGGUACAUAGUCUUGACCAAUAGAGCAUAAGCAAAGCAUCUUGGAAAAUUAAUAGAUUGCCUAUGCAUUUUGUUGCAAAUUUUAGGACAGAGUUUUGAACCUGGUGAACGAGGGUCCCAGUAUUCCUGCUAAAUUAUAUAUUUAAUAGGUGCUUUAUGCGAAUUAAUAACCUUAUUGGCACAAAUUUUGAUGUCUUCCAAAGCUAUGGAUCAUGGCUAACAAGAAUGAGCGCUUCGCCUCAUCUCCUUGUUUUAAUCAUUGGAGACUGCCAUUGCAACACCUUGUUAUUGAACGUCCUGAGAAUCACUUUAACAGAGUACAAAGCGCUCUAGAGCGUAUAAUGUUCCAUGCAUAUAGAGCAAUACUAUCACGUCAGAAGGCAAGAAAACAGAUGCAUUGCGAGGCUAUAGGCAUUACUUUCUGCUGGUUCUGGUGUAGAAAGCAGGGAGGGAAACACAAGGGCUACAAUGUUUCGUUGCAUAUAUGCGGCGAAGUUCACCUGAUGUCAGAUACCAUGGCAGGUACAUUUUUGCACUGUACAGAACAGCUAGCUGUUACCCCUUGGCAUGGUAGGACAUUUUACAAUAGGAAAGACCUGCUGCUCGCUUAAAGGUCCUGCUUUUCCUUCUUCUUGUGAAGGACAUUUAGAAAGAGUGCACUUUCGACCGACUUGAGCAAAUGGUCAUCAGUUGGAUAAACAACAUAAAAGUUAUCCUGUGCGCACUGCACUCCCUUGCCAACGUCUGCUUAUGACACCAAAUUUUGUGGCAUUUUGUAUUUGACACAGUACAUUCUAUUUCUAAAAAGUGUAUAUGUGGAGCAAUGUUUUUAAAAAAGCAGCAUUUUUACAUUGUAACAGGUAUUAGUUGCUGACCCAGUAGUUACGGUAUGAAGGGUAUGAAGCCGUAGUACCUCAAGAGUGUAACAAAACUUACGUCUUCUGGUGCGACUGAUGCAAACACAUGAUGAGUGUAAUGUGGUUUGGGGGCAUAGCAGGCUGUAUCUUACGACACGAAAAUUGGAGCUGGUCUAAAGUGACACAUAUUCGUGAUAUGCACAAUGCUUGGCCCAGCGAAACGGUUGCCCGAGCCAUAUUGUGAUCAUGCUGCCAAGAGUUGAUUUCACUGAGCACUUGGCAGUCUAAGGUGGGAGAUAAGGUGCAAGAGGUGCUCUGCAUUUCCAGAAAAGUAACAGCAGAGGAAGGGCCUAAUUCCUUGUCGAAAUAGAAGAUACACAGAAAAGGAGAUGAUGGAAGGGCCAAAUUAGAGAUACACAGCUGGUCUUUGGCAACACUGGGAUUGUUUUGCCUGUGGCCGCUGCUCCGAGCUCAUUGGCGUAUUGGCCACUAAUUUAUUAUAUCUCCCAAAUGACGCCUCUCAUUUUCACAGUGUAACCUGCUUAUUGUUUCAUACCCAGAGCUGUGCUGUACUUCGUGUGAAUACCAAACUGGUUGCGUUCAAAGACGAUGUGGUCAUUUGUUUUACGUAUGAGAAAUUGAUGCCUUGUGUCUUAGUUGUGCGUCAAGAGCGUCGUUAUAAAAAAAGAAAAUUAGACAAUAAAUUUUCUUGUGAGUGCUCCUUUAAAGUUAGUAAUCACUAGAACAAGAAUGCCACAAGAACAGCUCAAGCUGUAGGCAAUCUGUAAUAAGCUUGUGCCAGAUGCUGUGUUUCUGCCAUCUAUAUCUGCCUUGUUAGCAAGUUCAAUUUCUAGGAGUGUCAGUGCUCGUUUCCUAGCUAUGCCAUCAGAAGUGCUAUUGCAAUGCUCUGAUUGCCUGUACAUCGAAGUGCCAUUUCUCUUGAAAGAGAACAUUUUCUGUGGAAUAUAUUUUGUGUAUCUUGAUAAAGCCAAACCAGACACUGUACAUUAAAAUACAGUUUAUUUUCUUGCAA